AUGGUGGGGUUUUUGCAGCGGCCCAUCGUGGUGACCGCGGAUGUCAACCUGAACGUCGUGGCUCUGACGGCCGCGGGGCUGCUGAGCCGGCUGUGGCGCCUCGCCUACCCCCGCGCCGUGGUGUUCGAUGAAGUAUAUUACGGGCAGUACCUCUCUUUCUAUAUGAAGCGGGUCUUCUUUUUGGAUGGCAGUGGACCACCCUUUGGCCACAUGCUGCUGGCCUUGGGAGGUUAUUUGGGAGGAUUUGACGGCAACUUCCUGUGGAACAGGAUUGGAGCAGAAUAUAGCAGCAACGUGCCCGUGUGGUCCCUGCGCCUGCUGCCGGCCCUCGCCGGAGCCCUGUCGGUGCCGAUGGCCUACCAGAUCCUGUGGGAGCUCCGCUUUUCUCACUGUGCCGCCAUGGGAGCCGCCCUGCUGAUGCUCAUCGAGAACGCGCUGGUCACGCAGGCCAGGCUCAUGCUCUUGGAGUCGCUGCUCAUCUUCUUCAAUCUGCUGGCCGUGCUGUCCUACCUGAAGUUCUCCAACGCCCAGCACAGGCCCUUCUCCCCCGGCUGGUGGCUGUGGCUGACGCUGACCGGAGUGGCCUGCUCCUGCGCCGUCGGCAUCAAGUACAUGGGCGUGUUCACUUACCUGCUGGUGCUCGCAGUGGCCACCGUCCACACCUGGCAGCUGGUCGGAGACCGGGCUCUGUCACACGUCUGUGUGCUGGGCCACGUGGUGGCCCGCGCGGUGGCGCUGCUGGUCAUCCCGGCCGCGACGUACUUGCUGUUCUUCUACGUCCACCUGACGCUGCUCUGCCGCUCGGGGCCCCAUGACCAGAUCAUGUCCAGCGCGUUCCAGGCCAGCCUGGAGGGAGGGCUGGCUCGGAUCACGCAGGGCCAGCCCCUGGAGGUGGCCUUCGGCUCGCAGGUCACCCUGAAGAGUGCCUCGGGCAAGCCCGUGCCCUGCUGGCUCCACUCGCACCCAAGCACCUACCCGCUGAGCUACGAGGAUGGCCGGGGCAGCUCCCACCAGCAGCAGGUGACCUGUUACCCCUUCAAGGACGUCAACAACUGGUGGAUCGUCAAGGACCCCGGGAGGCACCAGCUGGAGGUGAGCAGCCCACCGAGGCCUGUGCGGCACGGGGACGUGGUGCAGCUGGUGCACGGCAUGACCAGCCGCCGCCUCAACACGCACGACGUGGCAGCCCCCCUGAACCCCCACGCACAGGAGGUGUCCUGCUACAUCGACUACAACAUCUCCAUGCCCGCCCAGAGCCUCUGGAGGCUGAACAUCGUGAACCGCGAGUCGGACGCUGAGAUCUGGAAGACCAUCCUGUCGGAGGUGCGCCUCGUGCACCUGAACACGUCCGCCGUCCUGAAGCUGAGCGGGGCCCACCUCCCUGACUGGGGCUUCCGGCAGCUCGAGGUGGUGGGGGAGAAGCUGUCUCGGGGCUCCCAUGAGAGCACCGUGUGGACCGUGGAGGAGCACCGUUACGGCCGGAGCCAGGAGCAGAAGGAGAGGGAGCUGGAGCUGCACUCACCGACCCACGCGGACAUCAGCAGGAACCUGAGCUUCAUGGCCAGAUUCUCGGAGCUGCAGUGGAGAAUGCUGACGGUGCGGAGUGACGACUCGGAGCAUAAGUACAGCUCCACGCCGCUGGACUGGGUCACCCUGGACACCAGCAUCGCCUACUGGCUGCACCCCAGGACCAGCGCUCAGAUCCACCUGCUGGGGAACGUGGUGAUCUGGGCUUCCGCCGGCCUCGCCACUGCACUGUACGCCCUGCUCUUCUGCUGGUACCUGCUCCGCCGCCGGAGGCAUGUCUGUGAGCUCCCCGAGGAUUCCUGGCUGCGCUGGGUGCUGGCCGGGGCCCUGUGUGCCGGCGGCUGGGCGGUGAACUACCUCCCGUUCUUCCUGAUGGAGAAGACGCUCUUCCUGUACCACUACCUGCCCGCACUCACCUUCCAGAUCCUGCUGCUGCCCGUGGUCUUGCAGCACAUCAGCGAGCACCUGUGCAGGUCCCAGCUCCACAGGAGCCUGUUCGGCGCCUUGGUGGUGGCGUGGUACUCCGCCGCCUGCUACGUGUUCCAUGUGCUGCGCCCCCUGACCUACGGGGACACAUCACUGUCCCCCAGCGACCUCCAGGCCCUUCGCUGGAAAGAGAGCUGGGACAUCCUGAUCCGCAAACACUAG